UCUCUCCUCUCGCUGCUCGCUGGCUCAUGCAUGCCCUCCUUCCGUAGCCUAAUGCGGCUGAGCUAAAGAGAGCAGCAAAAAGAUAAAAGGAUUGAGAAAUUAAAAAAAAAAAAAAAAAAAGAACAGCAGAGGGCGAUUUUAGCUGAGCAUUUGCGGAGACGUGGGAUGGAAAUGCAUCCGGGUUCUUUAUUCAUAAACCCUCAUGAGCUCUACUAUCUGAGAAUGCAAAGAAGCAGAGACAGGAUGGAGAGGAAGAACAUGGAUGAGCAGAAUCAGUGUCAGAGGAAGUUGAGGGUGUGUGUGGCCACAUGCAACAGAGCCGACUACUCCAAGCUGGCACCCAUCAUGUGUGGGAUCAAAUCCCACCCCGACGAGUUUGAACUGGAAGUCGUGGUGCUCGGCUCUCACCUCAUCGAUGACUACGGAAACACUUUUCGUAUGAUCGAGCAGGAUGACUUUGACAUCAGCUCCAAGCUUCACACCAUUGUGAGAGGAGAGGAUGAGGCAGCCAUGGUGGAGAGCGUUGGUCUGGCACUUGUCAAACUCCCUGAUGUCCUGCAGAGGCUGCGCCCUGACAUCCUGGUCGUCCACGGCGACCGCUUUGACGCGCUGGCUCUGGCAACCGCUGCAGCGCUGAUGAACAUUAGAAUACUUCACCUGGAGGGAGGAGAGGUGAGCGGUACGAUCGAUGACUCCAUCCGCCAUGCCAUCAGUAAACUGGCCCAUUACCACGCCUGCUGCACACGCACGGCAGAGCAGCACCUCAUCGCCAUGUGUGAGGACCACUCUCGCAUCCUGCUGGCCGGCUGCCCUUCAUAUGACAAGCUGCUGUCCACUAGUCGUCGAGAGGACUACAUGGAUGUGAUCAAGAGCUGGCUGGGGGACAACGUGCAGGAUCAUGACUACAUAGUGGCUUUACAGCAUCCAGUUACCACUGACAUCCAGCACUCCAUCAAGAUCUAUGGUCUGAUGCUGGACGCUCUGAUCUCCUUUAACAAAAAGACCCUCAUCCUCUUCCCCAACAUUGAUGCAGGAAGUAAAGAAAUGGUGCGAGUGAUGCGAAAGAAGGGCAUCGAGCAGCACCCAAACUUUCGGGCAGUGAAGCACAUUCCCUUCGAGCAGUUCAUCCAGCUGGUGUGCCACGCCGGCUGCAUGAUCGGAAACAGCAGCUGUGGGGUACGAGAGGCCGGGGCCUUUGGCACACCUGUCAUCAACCUGGGGUCACGACAAACUGGCAGAGAAACGGGUGAAAAUGUUCUUCAUGUGAGAGAUGCCGACUCUCAGAAUAAGAUCUACCACGCUCUGGAGCUACAGUUUGGGAAGAGAUACCCCUGCUCUAAGAUUUAUGGUGACGGCAACGCAGUGCCUCGAAUUCUGAAGUUUUUGCGAACCAUUGACCUGGACGAGCCCCUCCAGAAGACAUUCUGUUUCCCCCCCGUGAAAGAAUCCAUCUCCCAGGACAUCGACCACAUCCUGGAGACGCAGACGGCUCUGGCUGUCGACCUGGGAGGGACCAACCUCAGAGUGGCCAUCGUCUGUCAGAGGGGUAGGAUCUUGAAAAAGUACGUGCAGCCCAAUCCAAAGACCUUCCAGGCCAGGAUGAAGCUCUUAUUAAAGCUCUGUGCAGAUGCCACUCGAGACGCUGUCGGCCUCAACUGUAGAUUACUGGGUGUUGGUGUGUCCACAGGCGGGCGGGUGAACCCACAGGAGGGCGUAGUGCUUCACUCCACCAAGCUGAUCCAGGAGUGGUCCUCGGUGGACCUGAGAACACCCAUCUCAGACGCUCUGCACCUUCCUGUCUGGGUCGACAACGACGGCAACUGUGCCGCUCUGGCUGAGAAGAAGUUUGGUCAAGGCAAGGGGGUGGAGAACUUUGUCACCGUCAUCACAGGAACAGGUAUUGGAGGAGGGAUCAUCCAUCAGAACGAGCUGGUCCACGGCAGUACGUUCUGCGCUGCAGAGCUGGGUCACAUCGUGGUCUCACUGGACGGCCCCGAAUGUUCCUGUGGCAGCAGAGGAUGUGUGGAGGCCUUCGCGUCCGGCAUGGCUCUGCAGAGAGAGGCCAAAAGGCUGCACGAUGAGGAGCAGCUGAAGGUGGAGGGGAUGGAUAUGAAGCUGGCUGAGCCAAUCACGGCUGCACACCUCAUCAGUGCAGCCAAACUGGGGAACUCCAGAGCUGAGGCUGUUCUCAACAAAGCCUCCACAGCGUUGGGUAUGGGCAUCGUGAACAUCCUCCACAUGAUGAACCCCUCUAUGGUGAUUCUGUCAGGGAUCUUGGCCUCUUACUACCAGGCCCCGGUGCAGAACAUCAUCUUGGAGAAAGCCCUCGUCUCGGCCCAGAACAUCAAGGUGGUCGAGUCUCACUUGGAGGAGCCCGCUUUACUCGGAGCAGCCAGCAUGGUGUUAGACUAUGCAACAAGGAGGAUAUAUUGAAGAUUUUAAGUUCUCAUUUCCUAAACAGAGCUACAUACAGGAGGACUGCACAGCUUUAAAAAAAAAAGACCCUGCAGUGCUCAGAUACAUAAGCAUGUGUAAGGGAAACUCUUUGAAGGCUUCAGUCACAAUACGUUCAAACUAUUAUGUGCCACGAGUUCAAUACAUUUUUAAAAUGUAUAGAUGAACAGAUGUUGCCGGGUAUCUAGCCUGCGAUACAUCUUCUGCAAAGUGGGUCCAAUGCAGGGACCAGAUAUCCCACCACCCUUUUUUUUCGCUCCCCAUGUUGUCAAAGUGAAAUUCUGAGAAAUUCACCUCAAACAGAAAUACUCAGCCCACAGAGGGACUCUCACGCUCUGCUUGUUUCGUCAUGCAGGACGAAGAAGCUCAUUUAAUACGUGACCAAAAUAUUUCUGAAACAUUCUUCUGAAGCUUCCCUGAAAAUCUUUUUGUUUUACUCUCCUCUUUAAAUUUGUUAUUCUCAACCUUGGGAUGAGAGUUUCUGUUAAGAUGUUACAUUUCCAUGUCUUGUUAUUGGUUAAAUUAUUUGAGGUGUCUGGAGGGGAAAUUAAGAUGGAGUCUUAAAGGCUUUAUAGGUAAUUUAAGGAAAUAAGUUAAAGGACUUCUCUGAAAUAAAGAAAUGUCACAAGCUGCUACGGAAUAAAGAGGACUGAUUCACAUUAUGUUUUUGACAUAUUAUUUACCACAGUCCUUAUGAUUUCUGUUUUUUCAUGCCUUCUUGGGAAAUGCUUUAUGUGAAAAGAAUGAUGUGCUUUAUGUGUAUGUAUACUUAACUGUUGUAUACAUGACAUGCUUAUUGUUAAUUUUAAAACUUUUUUUUUAAUGUGGUUUCUGUCCAGAUAAAUAAAACGUAGUGUUUUCGACCUA